UUGAGCAGCGGCUGUGAUUCAAAAUUUGGGUUCAAAUCGCGUGACCAAAACGCUCACCAGCCGGCGAAGCGAAAGCGAAAGCGAAACCCGCACCAAACGGCGACGCGCACGGCGGCGGCGCCCUCGAGCCCAACGCCGACGAGCCCCCAUGGCGGGCGUGCAGAAGCCGGCCAAGCGGCUGGGGGGAAUGGCGGAGGCGCUCUCCAUAGCCGCCGACCUCGGCUUCCCCGCCCCUCCCGCGCAGGAGGAUCAGGGCAGCUCAGACAAAAGCGAUGAUCUAGUGAGGGUUUUGAGGGAACUGACUGUUGUACAGAGGAACAUUGCCAAUUUGCAAGUGGAACUACAGGGCAGAAAGGAUGAUAAAAAUAUUGCUCAUCUGACUCACGUUAGUGAGAUGGAGAAGAAGUGUGAAUCUUUGGCCAGAAUCACCACUAUUUUGAAAGAUGUAAUUCAAAACAAGGAUCGCAUUAUUGCUCGACUGCAACAACCUUACUCCCUCGAUUGCAUUCCUGUUGAAGCUGAAUACCAGAAACAAUUUUCAGAGCUACUUCUGAAAGCAGCAAGUGACUAUGGGGCAUUGACAGCAUCUGUAGGUGAUUUCCAGUGGAGCCAAAACUUCAGAGAGUCACCUGCUGUAUGGGGGGAAAUGCUUCGACCGAUACCUGCUGCGCUUGCUUCUUGCACGCGCUUCUUUGAGGCCAUGUCUGCAAUGAGGGAAUCCUUCUCUACACUUCAGAAAUUACGUGUAGGUCAUUCUUCUCUGUCGAUGACCCCGGGUGGAUCCAGUGACGAUUCAAAGUUCUUGACGCCGCCUCAGUGGAGAGAGGGCUCAAUGCUCGAUAGCUGGAAGCAAGUGGACGAGACAAUCCCUGAGAGUGAUGGACUCGAUGCCAUCAACCAGAGGAGGUUGUCAUGGCCAUCCUCCAUCAAGAGGGAGCAGUAGGCCAAGGUUCACCCAACAGAUACUCCAUAUGUUUGUGUGCUGUAUAAAUAGGAUUCUGGGGUUUCUUUUCUUCUGUGUGGUUACUGUUCAGCCAUUUGCAAAAGCUCCCGUUGGCAGGUGAUACUGACAGGAUAAAUGAUUACCCAUGACACUGAAUGAUGUUAGUUCCUUGUAACAAACUAUCACUGGGCGUUAAGACUUAAGAGGCAAUACAUGUCCCAAUAUUUCCAGUUGUCACGAGAUGAUUAUCAAUGAAAAGAACAGAGCAUUUCUGAA